UGUGUGAGAGAGAGAGAGAGAGAGAGAGAGAGAGAGAGAGAGAGAGAGCGAAAAAAGCAGUAAACUGAAUAAUGGGAGUGAAGAUAAUGCCCAUUGCUCAGUGACAAGGAAGGAUAGCUGAAUGUUGGACAGUUCAGACACAGGCAAGAGAGAUGUCAUCCUACUUGCGCAACAAAGACCCAUCUUCUCAUACCAGAAAAUCUAUUUUGGAGUCACCAACCAUCUCUCCAAUCUCUGGCAACAAAAGCUUUAGACAUGGCAGAUCUAGGGGUGACACCAGCGAAGUGGAAAGUGCUUCAGAAACACUUGGUAAUACCAGCUUCUACACAGGUCGGGAGCUGGAUUUUCUAAACAAGACUACUGACUUUGCCAGCAAGGACUACAAGAAGCUGUAUGAGGAGGCACAAGGAGAAAAUGAGAGGCUCAAGACUUCUCUAGAAGAUAGUAAGCAAGAUCUGGCUAAAUUCCGCUUGCAACUAGACAAAGUCACAGAGAAGCAGGAGAGAACAUCUCAGGGGCCCACUGUAUUUGAUUCAGAAAAAAUGGAAAAGCAGGUGCUGGAGAAGAGGGUGACUGAGAUGGAAGAAGAGAUUAAGGUUUUGGCAGAGCUGAAGUCAGAUAACCAGCAUCUAAAGGAUGAGAAUGGGGCUUUAAUCAGAGUGAUCAGCAAGCUUUCCAAAUGAGAAAAAUUAGCUCUAUAGGUUUCUGAGCAUUAAUGGCCAGCCACUCAAUAAAUUAUGCUUUCUUAUUUCUUUGUCUAAACUUGCCUUUUGAUGGUUGACGUUACAAAGAUAAAGACGUAAUAAAUGAACUGCCAAAAGAUAACCAACUGCUCCUUAACUAACUUAUUUUAAUACAUUAUGGGUUGGCAGAACAUAUAUUGUAAUGUGGAAUCUGGAAGUAAAUGAACUUGGAUUUUUACCAUUUGACUUACAUAUGGCUUACAUUUAGAGGUAUAAAUUGUUUAACCACAACAGCAAAUAACCAAAAACUAAGCAAGUGAAAAUAUCAAUUUUAAAGUUUUUAUAAAAAUUAAAAAGACUUUUUUUGCCUUGGUUUUAAAAAGACUAGGCACAGGGAGCAGGUAAUUGCUUCCAUAGAAAGUAGCCUAUUUAUGAGUGUGGAUAUUGAAGUGAGCCUGUAGGAAAACUACUGCAUAAGAGCCCCCACAAUCUGGCAACCCCUAAACACUGAGACAUUACCACAACGAUCAUUUACUCAUCUUCCAUGCAAUUAAAGUUGAUUAUCAAAUCUUUUUGGAGGAAUGUUUCUAAGUGCCUUCUAAGUGUUAAUUUUUUCUUGUGGCAUAACCUUUAAAAACCACACUUAAACGUUAUGCAAGCCAAUGCCAUUCUCCUUGCUCUCUGUUGAAUAUACAAUUUAAAUGUCACAAUUAUAUAAAUGCACCUCGCCUUUACACAUCAUAGAACACUUGUUACAAUGUGUUUAAUACAAUUAGUAUUCACAUUACCACAAUCUAUGUUUCUAAAUAUGAUGGCAGAAUAUUCACUGAUUAAAGAUAACACAAAGAACUAUAUAAUUAGUAUUCUUCUAAUAAUUGGGUAAUGUUAUUUUGUCCUUUGAAAUAUUGCAUUUAAGAAGUUAAUGAUUUUGACUGAUACACAUUUUUCUGUAUAUUUUGCAUGUGACUUGUCAUCAUUGUCAUGUAUUCUUUGAGACUGUCUUUGAAAAUAUACUUGAUUUAAUUUUUUUGUACUUUGGAAUAAAGAAAUUAAUUACAAGGUUUA